AUGAAAAAAAAAACUUUAGCUUUAGCUGAUUCUGGAAUCAUGCCAGUUUCCGUGACGGAAGAGCCUGGAGUUCUUUCCGGGCAGUCUAGUAACUCUUCAUCUUUUCUUCCUUUUAAGAAGAGGUUGUAUCUUCAUGCACCUAUCCAUCCUGAAUGCUCUUGUUCUUAUGAAAAUGAAUCCAAGACCAAAGAUGUUGUUCCUGUUGAAGAUGCAAGUCAAAUUGAUCUGUUACUUGUUGGAGCUAGUGAGCAGGAAUUUAAUUUUCCCAUCUCAUCAAUACAUCCUGCCCUACGACACAAGUCCAUGGAUGUGCUUUGUCUUAGUCUUGGUAGUACUUUUCGAGGGUUUGACUCCUCAGUACUGCAGCCAUUGGCUAAAGUAGACACCAACAGUGUUAGUCCAGGUGGAACAUUUGAGGCUAAUAUUGUAAAAACUGAGCCUGGAAAUAUCCAUGACAUCAGAUGUGAUUGCUCACCAUUCAGUUGGAAGGAUUUUGCCGGUUCAGGAGAGUUCUUCUUCUUCUUCUACACUGCCAAUGCCUUUGGCCCCUCAAAAAAGGGAUGCACUUUUAGAUUGUCUGUGAGUGGUGGGGAAGCUGAUAUUGCUGCUAACGAUGCUCUAGAUCAGGCAAAUGCUGAUACUGCUGCUAAAAAUGCUAACGUUGACCUCAAAGAACUAAAUGUAUCCAGUGAUAAAGGGGAGGCAUCUUUUUCCGUGAGCAUGAAUAUUGAAGAUCACACGGUAUACAAAAAGACACAAAACAUACAUAAUUUGGUUGCAAGUGGUGAGGGGUCAGCAAAUGAUGGGGAAAAGAUACGUAUAUCAGCUGGUACAGAAGAAGAAUGUUAUGCUUCUGCUUAUGAAUCUGAUGGUUAUCAGGCUUUUGCAGGACAUGUAGACACUGAGAGUGUGGGGUGUGUCAGAGAGGAUGACAUAUACGACGACGGUAAGAUCCGAGAACCAAUGAUGCAGUCAAUUGCACAAGACCCAAUGGCUGAGGGGAUGAAUUCAGGAAAAAAUAAUGAAUCUUCAAGUAAAAAUGUUCAUUCUUCUCUUUGCUUCACUAAUGAAGAAAAAAGUUACAGUAUGCCACUUCAUACCGAGUCUUAUGAUGACUUUGUGAAAGCCUGUGAUGAGAAAGCUGAAAAACUUCAUCAGAAAGACAGUAAUCUGCGAAGUCCAUUAUUAGAUAAAGAGGAAACAACCGGCGGUGAUGAGCAGAGGCCUAUUGGCGCUAUUUAUAAUGUGACAUCUUCUAGUCAUUUCAGUUUACCACGUGCAUCCGAUGUUACAUUUCAGUUUACCAUGUGGAAGAGAGAGGUAUUCUUACAUGGAGGAGGAGAAAUUCUAUCUACAAAGGAAUAGAUAUGAAAUCUAUGGUUAUGGUCCUAAAUUUGUGCGAGAUAGGUUUCAGGACCGUUCAUUUGGUAUCUCAAGGGGGAACUUCAUGAAUCAUGCGUGGAAGAGGGAGGGGGUGGGUCCAGUUUCACAGAUUACAUAGAGAUUGGUAUUCUGGGUGUGAUUUCGAAAGCUAUGGAGGUCUAGCUUAUUAUCGCUUCAGACAUAAACGUAAUGACCAUGAAAGUAGACUAGAUGGUGCUGCCUUUGCUAGUAAUAGGAGUAGGAUUCCAUUAAAUGAUGACUCGCCUUCAUUUAGUUAUCCACCUGCACGUCGACUGUCCCCCAAUGGAAGAGAUGCUGCUGCCAUGAUGGGCAUUCAAAUGAAUAUCAGCCCAAGCAGAUGCACUGGUGAAGAUGGCUCUGAGUACGUUGGUCUUCAGCAUAGUGAGAAGUUUAAUAGAUUCUUUCCAGCUGUUUAUAGUCAUCAGCAAUCUAUGUACGACGAUGGACCUGAUCGUCAUUUCGUUCAGGGUAAUACAAAGUUUACCGAAAUCAAGAGAAGCUGUUUCCCUCAAAUGCAGUCUAAAUCUCCUAUUAGAUCCCGUACUUGAUCCUCUCAUCGGAGGAGAUUGAUGGAAGGAUUCAAUGGUCAUCAAGAUUCAUCUCAGCACAGGUCUCCAGUUAUGUACAGGGAAGAUAGAAUGAGGUCUGAAGAAGCAAUAUCCCCUCAAAGGCGUGACUCUCCAUCUUAUAUAUAGUGCUCGUCGUCUGAAUGAUAAUAGGGAUGUGAAUGCUGUACAGGAGCACGGGCAUCCGAGGUCUCUUUCUAGCAGAGGAAGUCCACCUGAUCAGGUAUUUACUAGAACCACUAGGAGAGUUGAGAUUUAGAUCAUUAGGAGAGGGCUGAUGGUAGAUGUCCUGAACUUCACAGUGGUGAAAGUACUGACGAAUGAAGGAAGUAUGGCAAGGGGAGAGGAGAACCUAUGCAAAUGAGAAACGUCGAUGAGAAAGAAGGUGGUAAUUUUAGACAGAAUGAACAACUUUGGCAUGAAGAAGAAUUUGAUGUCUCCAGAUUGAAGAAAAGAAGAUUUUGACUUGAUAGCUCACUGAACCUGUAAUAUUAGCAGUUUCCAUGGGAAACAGUACUGUUUUAUAGACUUAUGUGU